ACUGAUUCAAGACCCACAACAUUAGGAUCUAUUAAUUGGAUACCCCUAAGAUCUAAUUAACUCAAACUUUUCGUUUUUAAAACCACUGCAGAUCAUAGUUUCAGAAACACUCAACUUAUUACUCUCUCAGCAAAGAGUAAGUGCAAAAGGAGAAUGUGCAACCACGAGACUUCAAUGGAAAACAAUGGGAAUGCAAGCGAUCAAAUGGCUCCUCAGUCUAGGGGAACCGAGCAAGUGGUAGACCUUAAUAGUUGGCUGCCUGUAACUGCAUCUAGAAAAGCAAAGUGGUGGUACUCAGCUUUCCACAAUGUUACGGCUAUGGUGGGUGCUGGGGUUCUUGGCUUACCCUUUGCACUAUCCCAACUUGGCUGGAUCCCUGGAAUUGUAGCGAUUCUUGGUUCAUGGUUGAUCACUUUUUAUACGUUGUGGCAACUUGUUGAACUGCAUGAAGCGGUGCCUGGAAAGAGGUUUGAUAGGUACCCUGAAUUGGGAGAGCAUGCUUUUGGUCCUAAAUUAGGGUACUGGAUUGUUAUGCCUCAGCAAACGUGUGUUCAAGUGGCUUCAACCAUAGUGUAUUCGGUCACGGGUGGGAAGUCAUUGAAGAAGUUCUUUGAUCUGCUGAUUCCAAGCGUGGCUGAUGUUAGACUAACAUAUUUCAUCCUCUUCUUUUCGUUCCUGCAAGUCUUCAUCUCCCAAACCCCUAAUUUUAAUUCCUUGAAAGGAAUUUCCCUACUUGCUGCAGUGAUGUCAUUCUGUUAUUCAAUGGUGGCUUUUAUAGCAUCAACCAUUAGGGGUAGUCAUCACCAUCCAGCAACAUAUGGAGUUCGAUCUCACACAACUGCUGGCCAAAUCUUUGAUGUUCUAAAUGGUAUUGGAACCAUAGCAUUUGCAUAUGCUGGUCACAGUGUGGUUUUAGAGAUUCAGGCUACAAUCCCUUCAACUCAAAAGAACACAUCCAAGAAGCCCAUGUGGAAAGGUUGCGUGGUGGCUUAUAUCAUUGUAGCCCUUUGCUAUUUAGCAGUCUCUAUCUCUGGGUUCUGGGCUUUUGGCAACGUUGUUGAAGAUGAUAUUCUCAUUUCACUUGAACAACCCCGUUGGCUUAUUGCCAUUGCAAACUUUAUGGUGUUUUUACAUGUUAUAGGAAGCUAUCAGGUUUUUGCUAUGCCUGUAUUCGACAUGCUUGAGUCAUGUUUGGUGCAAAAGUUACAUUUCACUCCUGGACGAGCCCUACGCCUCGCUGGUCGUAGCACAUACGUAGCCAUAACAGGCUUCAUUGCAUUGUGUAUUCCAUUCUUUGGAGGAUUGUUGGGGUUCUUUGGAGGACUAGUGUUUGCCUCAACCUCAUACUUUACCCCUUGUAUCAUUUGGCUUGUCUUAAAAAAACCAAAUAGAUGGAGCUUUCAUUGGAUUGCAUCUUGGAUUUCGAUCAUCAUCGGAGUUUUGAUAGCAGUCCUUGCACCCAUAGGAGGAAUACGGCAAAUUAUCAUCUCUGCCAAAACCUACAAGUUUUUUUCAUAAAUCAUUAGAUAAAUGUAGAACUUAACAACUUUUGUGUCACUAGAUUUAAUUAUUAUCCUUUCAUC